AUGGCGCAUCAGCUUCGGCGAUCCGAGCGGCUGCUGGCCGUCCGAUCCGCCGCUCGCAUCUUUUUCCAAAUCCCGUUGCCUUCCGGCAUCUCCCCCGCGGCGCCCGCCGUUCCACCCCAUCCUCCCCACGCCAUUCGCCGGAUCGUACGGGAACUCUGCCACGUGGAAGGCAGCGGGCAGGCCAGAUUGAUCCAAUGCCGUCCCGUCCAAUGGGGUGUCGACAGGUGUCGCCCUACUCCCACACCCCCCUCCGCCGCGUUUGCGCCCUUCCGCCGUUUGAUCCCUUCUCGUGCGCCUGCGGGUAGCACCCGCAGUUUUUCCGCCGCCACAUCUCCCCCGAUCCCGCCGACCUCCGCCCCGAACGCUGGCGGAGGCGCAGGCGGAAGCACUGGCGGUUCGGGCGGGCAAAAAGGCGGGGGGGGAUUGGUGGGCGUGGCUGUAACAGCUGCCGCUAUAGCGGGGGCGGCAGGAGGAGCGUAUUAUUGGUGGGAGACAGAAGCAGCGAGAUUUGGACCUGGUCCCGUUAUAAUCACACCCGAUACAAAAUUAGGCUCGGAAGAAAAAGUUAACAUCUCGAGUCCCGCGGCAGACUUGGGGACUGGGACGGCGAGGGCUGGAGACACGAUAACGGAGCAGAGGGGCAUAGACGAGGGGAAGGAGGGGGAAGGAAAUGAGGGGAAGGAUGGGGGAGGAGAGGAGGGGAAGGAUGGGGGAGUAGAAAUUGGGAGGGAGGGGGGAGAUGGGGAGGGGAAGGAGGAGGCGGGAGAUGAAGGGAAGGAGGGAGCGAGAGAGGGGGGAAGUGUGAAGGGGUCAGAAGGUAAAGAGAGGGGGGAGAUCGGGGCGGAGGAGGAAGAUGAGGAGGAGGUAAAGCAAAGGAAAAAGGAGGAGAAGAGGAGGGAGAAGGAAUUAAAGAAGAAGGAAAAGGAAGAGAGGAAGGCGGAGGGAAAGGAGGGAGAGGAGGAUGAGAAGGGAGGGGAAGGAGGGAAGGAUGAUGCUGGGGAUGAGGAAAAGAAGAGGAGGAAGGAAGAGAAAAAACGUCUCAAGAAGCUGAAAAAGGAGGAAGAGAAAAAGAAGGGAGAAGCAGACGAGAAUGGGGAGGGGAAGGAGGAAGAGGAAAGAGAGAUGUCGAAAGAAGAGAGGAAACGACUUAAGAAGCUAAAGAAAGAGGAGAAGGGAGAGAAGAAGAGGAAGAAAGAGGAGAAAAGGAAGAGGGAAGGGGAGGAGAAGGGUAAGGAGGAAGAGGAUGAGGAGAAGGAAGGAGAGAAGGUGGGGCCACGGGAAGGAAGCGAAGAUUACAGCAAGGGGGAGGGAGCAGCUGACGUGGCCGCUGACGUGGCGGCUGACAUGGCCGUUGACGUGGCAGUGGGCGUGGCAGCUGAGGUGGACGCGCUGCACCGCCGCGUCCAUACCCCCCUCGACGCCCAGGAUGACCUCGUCCACUUGCGUUCGAACGCACCGGCGAUUGUGGGCGGGACGAGGCCUGCUGACGGUGGCGGUCAGGGGAACGGCCGUUGCGACGAGGAGAGUCGAGCCGCUGGCGCUUUGCAGGACGAGGUGAACGAGGAGGCGAACGUGGACGGGAGGAAUGGUGAGCUGCCGAACGGUGGCGAGAAGGAGGGCGAGCGGGCGAACGGUGGCGACGUGAUCAGCGGUCACGCGACCGGCUACGUGACGCGGCGCGACGAGGCGAACGUGGUGAACGGUGCAAACGUGGCGAUCGUGACGAUCGCGGCUCAAGGAGGCGACCGUCACGGUGGCUCCCCGCCCUAUCGUCGCGCGUCUCAGACGAUCGGCGGCGAGGCGAUCGUCCCCGGCGCGCCUCAGCCACUACGCCGGAGCGCACGACGGACGCCUUGCGCGCAGGCUCCUUCCGAGGCGAGGACUUGCCCCCGCGAGGAGCCAGAUCGCGCCGCUGAUCCUCGAAGCGGCGGCGUAUUUGAUCUGCAGCCGCCAACGGAGCGACGGGCACGCUCGCAGCACGACGCACAGGGGGAAGUGGACGGGGAACAGGGCCGCUCUCCGCGGUACACUCCCGACCAGGGCCGCCGUCAACAGACAUUGGAGCGCAGGGAGGAUGGCGCUCGCUCAGCGGGCGGUCGACGUGGCGGAAAGAGAGCAGCAGGUCGCGGAGGACGAGCCAGCGGAGGCGGACCGGAGAACGUGUAUCAACAAGCUAGUCGAAGGGCUUUAAACGAGCUGGAGGACGAUACUGAAGAGACUUCGACAGAUAACAGCUUUGUAGCUGCUGAAUCAACGGACUCGACUUCUAGCUCUGAGUCUGUGGACGAACCCCAAACCCAGACUCCUGCUAAAGCAAGCAGGGCAGCACCAUCUCACAUGGCGGGAGGAUCCUCAGUUGUUAGAUCCUCUUGGAGGGGACCCUCAACACCAACUCGAGCCGCAUCGGGCAACAUUGCAACACCCCCACUCCCACCACCAAUUUCCCACAUUCCAACCCCAUCCCGAGCCGCCCAGCAAUCUGCAACUGGCGGUAACCCCAUCCCAACCCACCCGCGAGAGGAAAAAUCCUGUGAAACACUCGCCAAGGAUGACGUGCUAUUCGCCGGGGUCUUCUCCAAGGCGCUGGGACGCUGUGAGAUGGGAGUUGGAGCUGGCCCCUCAGGAACAACCUUCGAGCACCUGCGAGAUGCAACUCUGAUCAACGCUUCAGUGGGGAAACACCUGCAUGCACUCGUCAACACGAUGCUCACGGGAAAAUUACCUCCUGCAGUAGCCGAUCUCCUCACCGCCUCAUGCCUAAUUGCUCUUACCAAGCCAGGAGGGGGGACGAGGCGGAUAGCCAUUGGCGAAAGCCUCACAUGCCUCGCCGCCAAAACGGCUCUUACCUUGACGGCAGGCGCCGCUCGUGACUUUUUCUUACCGCACCAGUUCGGCGUAGCGGUACCGGGGGGAGCAGAGGCGAUCAUACACAUCACUCGAACCUACCUUACCGUCAACCCUGGUGCUCUAGUUCUGCAGGCCGAUUUAGCGAACGCCUUCAACAGUGUUAGCAGAGCGGCCAUCGCGGAGUCCCUUCGCGGAUCGACGCUAGCUCCACUGCUGCCACUAGUGAAACUGUCCUAUGGUCAGCCCUCUUCCCUAUGCCUGGAUGCCGGUUUUUCUCACCCACCACUCUUGAGCGAAACCAGGGUGAGGCAGGGAGAUCCCCUCGGCCCCUUGCUGUUUGCUGCCGCCAUUCACCCCGCGUUGACAAGCACGGCUCUCGCCUUCCCGUCCGUGGGUGUCCACGUGGCAGAACAGGAUUCGCUGGCAGCGGCGGUGCGAGAGAGGGAGAGGGAGGGGGAGGCAGAGAGGGAACGGAUUGAGCAGCAGAGGGAGGAGAUGGGGAGGGAGUUGGAGGAAUGGGAGGAGGGGGAGGCGAAGAGGCAGCAAGAGGAAGAAGAGGAGAUGGUGAGUGAGGGGUGGGAGACAGGUAAGCUUGAGGGAGGGAGAAGGCAUGGCAUUGAGAGGGAACGGAUUGAGCAGCAGAGGGAGGAGAUGGGGAGGGAGUUGGAGGAAUUGGAGGAAUGGGAGGCGAGGAAGCAGCAGGAGGACGAACAGGAGAUGAUCUCUGCUCUGAGGGAUGUUUUCUUCCAGCGGUCUCAAGAGGACAGGCUGUGUUGUCCGCCUCCUUCCCCCCUUUCCAGGCCGCCAUUUCUCUCCGAGAAGCAGCACACAGCAACAAACCCUUACAGCCGGUCCUCUCCUCCCUCCACUAUCGUCCUUCUCCCUCCACUAUCGCCCUUCUCCCUCCACUAUCGCCCUUCUCCCUCCACUAUCGCCCUUCUCCCUCCACUAUCGCCCUUCUCCCUCCACUAUCGCCCUUCUCCCUCCACUAUCGCCCUUCUCCCUCCACUAUCGCCCUUCUCCCUGCACUAUCGUCCUUCUCCCUCCACUAUCGCCCUUCUCCCUCCACUAUCGCCCUUCUCCCUCCACUAUCGUCCUUCUCCCUCCACUAUCGCCCUUCUCCCUCACUCCCCUUGUGUUUCCUUAUGCAUCGUACCCUCACUCCCCCCCACCCCUUUCCAGGCGGCCAUGUCUCUUCUCUUCAAGAAGCAGCAGACAACAACCACUCCCUACAGCCGGUCCUCUCCUCCCUCCACAAUCGCCCUUCUCCCUCACUCCCCUUGUGUUUCCUUACACAUCGUACCCUCACUUUCCCCCCGUUUCCCCCAUUCCAGGCGACCAUAUCUCUCCAAGAAGCAGCAGACAGCAACCAACCAGUGCAGCCGAUCCUCUCACUUCCUUUACCUUCCCUCAUGUACCUUCCCCGCUGCCCUCUACUGCUCACCCUCCCUUCCAGGCGACCAUAUCUCUCCAAGAAGCAGCAGACAGCAACCAGCCCUUGCAACGAAUUCUCUUCCCUCUCCUCCUCCACUAUUGCCCUUCUCUUCCCUCUCCUCCUCCACUAUUGCCCUUCUCUUCCCUCUCCUCCUCCACUAUUGCCCUUCUCUUCCCUCUCCUCCUCCACUAUUGCCCUUCUCUUCCCUCUCCUCCUCCACUAUUGCCCUUCUCUUCCCUCUCCUCCUCCACUAUUGCCCUUCUCUUCCCUCUCCUCCUCCACUAUUGCCCUUCUCUCCCCUCUCCUCCUCCACUAUUGCCCUUCUCUUCCCUCUCCUCCUCCACUAUUGCCCUUCUCUUCCCUCUCCUCCUCCACUAUUGCCCUUCUCUCCCCUCUCCUCCUCCACUAUUGCCCUUCUCUUCCCUCUCCUCCUCCACUAUUGCCCUUCUCUUCCCUCUCCUCCUCCACUAUUGCCCUUCUCUCCCCUCUCCUCCUCCACUAUUGCCCUUCUCUUCCCUCUCCUCUUCCACUAUUGCCCUUCUCUCCCCUCUCCUCCUCCACUAUUGCCCUUCUCUCCCCUCUCCUCCUCCACUAUUGCCCUUCUCUUCCCUCUCCUCCUCCACUAUUGCCCUUCUCUUCCCUCUCCUCCUCCACUAUUGCCCUUCUCUCCCCUCUCCUCCUCCACUAUUGCCCUUCUCUUCCCUCUCCUCUUCCACUAUUGCCCUUCUCUCCUCUCUCCUCCUCCACUAUUGCCCUUCUCUCCCCUCUCCUCCUCCACUAUUGCCCUUCUCUUCCCUCUCCUCCUCCACUAUUGCCCUUCUCUUCCCUCUCCUCCUCCACUAUUGCCCUUCUCUCCCCUCUCCUCCUCCACUAUUGCCCUUCUCUUCCCUCUCCUCCUCCACUAUUGCCCUUCUCUUCCCUCUCCUCCUCCACUAUUGCCCUUCUCUUCCCUCUCCUCCUCCACUAUUGCCCUUCUCUUCCCUCUCCUCCUCCACUAUUGCCCUUCUCUUCCCUCUCCUCCUCCACUAUUGCCCUUCUCUCCCCUCUCCUCCUCCACUAUUGCCCUUCUCUUCCCUCUCCUCCUCCACUAUUGCCCUUCUCUUCCCUCUCCUCCUCCAAUAUUGCCCUUCUCUUCCCUCUCCUCCUCCACUAUUGCCCUUCUCUUCCCUCUCCUCCUCCACUAUUGCCCUUCUCUUCCCUCUCCUCCUCCACUAUUGCCCUUCUCUUCCCUCUCCUCCUCCACUAUUGCCCUUCUCUUCCCUCUCCUCCUCCACUAUUGCCCUUCUCUUCCCUCUCCUCCUCCACUAUUGCCCUUCUCUUCCCUCUCCUCCUCCACUAUUGCCCUUCUCUUCCCUCUCCUCCUCCACUAUUGCCCUUCUCUCCUCUCUCCUCCUCCACUAUUGCCCUUCUCUCCCCUCUCCUCCUCCACUAUUGCCCUUCUCUUCCCUCUCCUCCUCCACUAUUGCCCUUCUCUUCCCUCUCCUCCUCCACUAUUGCCCUUCUCUCCCCUCUCCUCCUCCACUAUUGCCCUUCUCUUCCCUCUCCUCCUCCACUAUUGCCCUUCUCUUCCCUCUCCUCCUCCACUAUUGCCCUUCUCUUCCCUCUCCUCCUCCACUAUUGCCCUUCUCUCCCCUCUCCUCCUCCACUAUUGCCCUUCUCUUCCCUCUCCUCCUCCACUAUUGCCCUUCUCUUCCCUCUCCUCCUCCACUAUUGCCCUUCUCUUCCCUCUCCUCCUCCACUAUUGCCCUUCUCUUCCCUCUCCUCCUCCACUAUUGCCCUUCUCUCCCCUCUCCUCCUCCACUAUUGCCCUUCUCUUCCCUCUCCUCCUCCACUAUUGCCCUUCUCUUCCCUCUCCUCCUCCACUAUUGCCCUUCUCUUUCCUCUCCUCCUCCACUAUUGCCCUUCUCUCCCCUCUCCUCCUCCACUAUUGCCCUUCUCUUCCCUCUCCUCCUCCACUAUUGCCCUUCUCUUCCCUCUCCUCCUCCACUAUUGCCCUUCUCUUCCCUCUCCUCCUCCACUAUUGCCCUUCUCUUCCCUCUCCUCCUCCACUAUUGCCCUUCUCUUCCCUCUCCUCCUCCACUAUUGCCCUUCUCUUCCCUCUCCUCCUCCACAAUUGCCCUUCUCUUCCCUCUCCUCCUCCACUAUUGCCCUUCUCUUCCCUCUCCUCCUCCACUAUUGCCCUUCUCUUCCCUCUCCUCCUCCACUAUUGCCCUUCUCUUCCCUCUCCUCCUCCACUAUUGCCCUUCUCUUCCCUCUCCUCCUCCACUAUUGCCCUUCUCUUCCCUCUCCUCCUCCACUAUUGCCCUUCUCUUCCCUCUCCUCCUCCACUAUUGCCCUUCUCUUCCCUCUCCUCCUCCACUAUUGCCCUUCUCUUCCCUCUCCUCCUCCACUAUUGCCCUUCUCUUCCCUCUCCUCCUCCACUAUUGCCCUUCUCUUCCCUCUCCUCCUCCACUAUUGCCCUUCUCUUCCCUCUCCUCCUCCACUAUUGCCCUUCUCUUCCCUCUCCUCCUCCACUAUUGCCCUUCUCUUCCCUCUCCUCCUCCACUAUUGCCCUUCUCUUCCCUCUCCUCCUCCACUAUUGCCCUUCUCUUCCCUCUCCUCCUCCACUAUUGCCCUUCUCUUCCCUCUCCUCCUCCACUAUUGCCCUUCUCUUCCCUCUCCUCCUCCACUAUUGCCCUUCUCUUCCCUCUCCUCCUCCACUAUUGCCCUUCUCUUCCCUCUCCUCCUCCACUAUUGCCCUUCUCUUCCCUCUCCUCCUCCACUAUUGCCCUUCUCUUCCCUCUCCUCCUCCACUAUUGCCCUUCUCUUCCCUCUCCUCCUCCACUAUUGCCCUUCUCUUCCCUCUCCUCCUCCACUAUUGCCCUUCUCUUCCCUCUCCUCCUCCACUAUUGCCCUUCUCUUCCCUCUCCUCCUCCACUAUUGCCCUUCUCUUCCCUCUCCUCCUCCACUAUUGCCCUUCUCUUCCCUCUCCUCCUCCACUAUUGCCCUUCUCUUCCCUCUCCUCCUCCACUAUUGCCCUUCUCUUCCCUCUCCUCCUCCACUAUUGCCCUUCUCUUCCCUCUCCUCCUCCACUAUUGCCCUUCUCUUCCCUCUCCUCCUCCACUAUUGCCCUUCUCUUCCCUCUCCUCCUCCACUAUUGCCCUUCUCUUCCCUCUCCUCCUCCACUAUUGCCCUUCUCUUCCCUCUCCUCCUCCACUAUUGCCCUUCUCUUCCCUCUCCUCCUCCACUAUUGCCCUUCUCUUCCCUCUCCUCCUCCACUAUUGCCCUUCUCUUCCCUCUCCUCCUCCACUAUUGCCCUUCUCUUCCCUCUCCUCCUCCACUAUUGCCCUUCUCUUCCCUCUCCUCCUCCACUAUUGCCCUUCUCUUCCCUCUCCUCCUCCACUAUUGCCCUUCUCUUCCCUCUCCUCCUCCACUAUUGCCCUUCUCUUCCCUCUCCUCCUCCACUAUUGCCCUUCUCUUCCCUCUCCUCCUCCACUAUUGCCCUUCUCUUCCCUCUCCUCCUCCACUAUUGCCCUUCUCUUCCCUCUCCUCCUCCACUAUUGCCCUUCUCUUCCCUCUCCUCCUCCACUAUUGCCCUUCUCUUCCCUCUCCUCCUCCACUAUUGCCCUUCUCUUCCCUCUCCUCCUCCACUAUUGCCCUUCUCUUCCCUCUCCUCCUCCACUAUUGCCCUUCUCUUCCCUCUCCUCCUCCACUAUUGCCCUUCUCUUCCCUCUCCUCCUCCACUAUUGCCCUUCUCUUCCCUCUCCUCCUCCACUAUUGCCCUUCUCUUCCCUCUCCUCCUCCACUAUUGCCCUUCUCUUCCCUCUCCUCCUCCACUAUUGCCCUUCUCUUCCCUCUCCUCCUCCACUAUUGCCCUUCUCUUCCCUCUCCUCCUCCACUAUUGCCCUUCUCUUCCCUCUCCUCCUCCACUAUUGCCCUUCUCUUCCCUCUCCUCCUCCACUAUUGCCCUUCUCUUCCCUCUCCUCCUCCACUAUUGCCCUUCUCUUCCCUCUCCUCCUCCACUAUUGCCCUUCUCUUCCCUCUCCUCCUCCACUAUUGCCCUUCUCUUCCCUCUCCUCCUCCACUAUUGCCCUUCUCUUCCCUCUCCUCCUCCACUAUUGCCCUUCUCUUCCCUCUCCUCCUCCACUAUUGCCCUUCUCUUCCCUCUCCUCCUCCACUAUUGCCCUUCUCUUCCCUCUCCUCCUCCACUAUUGCCCUUCUCUUCCCUCACCCCCUUUGUCGUUCUUCCUCUGCUUCUCCCUGCUCCCUUCUCUUCCUCCCCUCCCCCCUAUCCAGGCGGCCAUAUCGCUCCAAGAAGCAGCAGACAGCAACCAGCCACUGCAGCCGAUUCUGAUCCUCUCGUCUCAUCCCUCCUGCCACGUGGCGACGACCCAUUGGUCGCUGCGAUCGCCGCCACCCUGCCCAAAUCCGCGCUGGCCAAUGGCGUGCUGACACGUCAGCAGCUGCAGGAGAGGCUGGAGGGGAUGAGGGCGAGGGUGUGCCAGCUGGCGAUGCUGCCGCCGGCCAAUGGGGGGGAGAGGGAGGGCGUGGGAGGGGGAACGGGAGGGGGAACAGGAGGCGGAAGAGGAGCGGGAGGGGGAGGAGGAGAGAUGGUUGAGCCAGGUCUAUUCUCACAAGCAGUGGCAGCAGUGGCAGUUGCUUUCAAGUUCCCAGUACCCAGCACAGCAGGGGAGGCACCAAGCCCUGAGCAGUCUGUUUCCGAUGCCUUGAUGCUGCUGGUGGAGGGGCGGCUGGAGGAGGCAGCAAGGGGCGAUGGAGAGAGGGGUGAAGGGUGCAGGGGGAUGAAGUUUGAAGGGGCGGCAGCUCUGCUGGUGGAGGGGCGGCUGGAGGAGGCAGCAAGGGGCGAUAGCAUUCCCAGUACCCAGCACAGCAGGGGAAGCAGCCCUGAGCAACCUGUUGCCAAAGCGGCAGCUCUGCUGGUGGGGGGGCGGCUGGAGGCGGCAGCAGGGGCGAUAGCAGGCAGUGUGAGAGCAGGAGAGGAGGUGAGGGGAAGGGCAGCAGUGGAGCAGGCGGUCAGGGUGAUACAGGCGCAUGCAGGGUGCAUGGCGGCAGAGCUUCGAAGUGCGGUUGUGAGUGGUGCGGUUGGAGGGAUUGGCGGGGCAGUGGGGGGAGGAGGUGAGGGGAAGGGCAGUAGUGGAACAGGCAGUGAGGGUGAUGCAUGCACAUGCAGGGUGCAUGGCGGCAGAGCUGCGUAG